GUCGACUAACGGCCGCCCGUCCCUGCACAACCCGACGUCUGCCGGUUUGCAUUCUAAGUGCGUUUUUUUCGCCGCCGUUAUUAUUGAAUUUAGUACUUGUUUUUUGACAAAAACUUCUUUUCGAAAUUCCUACGUGACCCGGGUGUUCAAUCGCACAGUAUUAUAUGGUACAUUAAAAAAGGGAAAAAAUGUGAACGGGGUCAGUUUUUUAUCGCAAACGUUACAUUUAUAUACAUAUAUAUUAUUUACGCACGAGGAUAUAAUAAUAAAAGAGAAAAAAUACGAUGUCAAUGGAUGAAUUCAAAGUGACGGAAACAUAUUAUCUGACAUGAACGUGCUGGCGGCGAAUGAAACGUACUGGGAUCAGCUGAACGACACCGAAAAUUACCUGCUCUUAACUCGAGGGCCCAAACACCUGUCGCUCAACAUAGUCAUCCCGAUCACUAUCGUCUAUGUAUUCAUUUUUGUCACCGGAGUGAUUGGUAACAUUGCCGUAUGCGUGGUCAUCAUACAAAACAACUUCAUGCACACGGCCACCAACUACUAUCUGUUCAGUUUGGCCAUAUCCGAUCUCACGCUACUGCUGUUAGGAUUACCAAAUGAUCUCAGCGUGUAUUGGCAGCAAUAUCCUUGGCAGCUGGGCGAAUUCAUCUGCAAGCUUCGGGCCUUGGUAUCAGAAAUGACCUCGUACACUUCGGUUUUGACGAUUGUGGCUUUUUCCAUGGAAAGAUACAUAGCUAUUUGCCAUCCACUUCAUUCGUACGCAAUGUCCGGAUUGAAGAGAGCCGUUCGCAUCAUCGCAGUCGUCUGGGUAGUGUCGUUUUUGGCCGCAUUGCCGUUCGCCAUGUUCACCAAAGUCGACUAUGUGGACUAUCCGCCCGGUUCGGGAAAACCGUUGUACGAAAGUGCGUUCUGUGCAAUGUUGGACAGCAAUUUACCACCAGGAGUGCCCAUUUACGAAUUGAGUUCGUUUUUAUUUUUCCUGGUUCCGAUGGUGAUCAUAAUCGUGUUGUACGUGAGAAUCGGACUUCAGAUCAGACAAAGCUCCAGACACUCGCUGGGCAAACAAAUGCAGGGUGGCGAGAGCAAACAAAUGCAAUCGAAAAAAUCCAUUGUCAGAAUGCUCGCGGCCGUGGUCAUAGCUUUCUUCCUGUGCUGGGCUCCGUUCCACGCGCAGAGGCUGCUCUACGUGUACGCCCAGGACUCGCAGUACUACUCGCUGGUCAACGAGCUGCUGUACAUCAUCGCCGGGUGCUUCUACUAUUUCUCGUCCACCGUCAAUCCCAUCCUCUACAACCUGAUGUCGAUGAAGUACAGGCGGGCGUUUCGCGAGACCCUGUGCGGCUACGUGGGCCAACAGCGGAACCGGAUGUCCCGGGACUUGCAGUCCAGCUUCCGGGACACGACCGUGCCGAUGAACACCGUGAUCAGCACGACGGAGUUCAGGAAAUCCGUGAUCCACCGCAAGCCGACGGUAGCCAAAAACGGAGGUCUGACCGACGACAUACCCGCCGACGUGUUGGUCAUGAUCUCCCCAAAGGCGAACGGCACCGCCCAGGCCUACAAAACGUUGCUCAGGGUGAACGUGGCAAAUCCCAAGCCUGACCUUCAGGCUGAUGUGGUCUACGGUGAUGCGUCUCCGGCAUACGGGCCCCCCCGUCGGUCCGGAAGUGCACAGUCUUCCGGCACGGAGGUGGAAACUUGCUUUUAAUCAUUGUUGAGAAUGCAGAGAAUUCCACGUGAAAUCGCGGUGGUAUACACCUACCCGUCCAGCUCAUCAGAGGUUCAAAAACACAGUGUUGGAUAUCACGGCUGCGGAUACGCUAAUACUCGCGCACAGCGUUUGAUCUUAUGAUAUAAAUCCUGCACCGAAAAUGCAAGCAAAUAUGUAUUAGUUGAUCGUAACACAAUGUAUAAUUAUGUUCACGAUUUUAGUCCUGUAUUGUUUACCUACUUAAAAUAAAUGUAAAACGAAUGUUAAAAAAUAAUAAUAACGUUGGUAACACUUCUGUGUCGAUGGUUUUUUUAACCCCUAACACGGGUUAUAGCACCCCACAAAGCCAAGGGGGGUAAAGAUGAGUGUCGUUUUUUAAAACUCCGAAACAAGUGCACAUAAUUUUAUUGUAUGUUAACGACCUUUUGGAGACAUUUGAGUACAUUUUGUUCGUCUCGAGCGACAAGCAAUGGUGGAAUUAAUUAUUUCCAUCGUUUCACUAGGUUUUAUUAUGGUUAUAUCAGCGGUAAGUGGCAUUAUCCAAAAAAUAUAGGAUGGUAUCUGUGAUGAUAACGAUUAUAAUUAACAAUAAUAACCCUCCUUUAACCGUAUAUCUAGUAAAACGAAUCUAUUUGGCGCAGUAACCAUAAUGUUUAAAUUAAUAAUUUUUUUUUUAUUUUUAAUUUUAACUCGCAUAUAUUUCUAAAAUUAUUUUAAAAACAAUUUUCUAAUCAUCAUGUCGUCCAAUACUGAAAUUAAAAAAUUAUUUGUAAACAAUUUUCAACGACCCCAUUUAAAUUAAAAAAAUAGUUUUAUUUUAACACUAUUGAUUAUAAAGUACAUUUUUAUUUUUAGAUGUGAUAAAUAAAUAGUCAUAAUCAAUACAAUAGUCACAUUGUAAGUUUUAACUAUCUCGUUCAGUUUAUCACCACUUAAAUAACUGGUAACAAUGAUUCCCAAAUUUGGAAGUAAUAUUUACAGAAUAAAUGACAACUACAGAAUACUCUUGAUCGUAAGGUUAUGUAACUGUGAAUUUUAUGAACAAAUGUCAAAAGUACCUAUACAAAAAAAAAUGUUUUUUUUAUAUUUAUAAAAGAAUUAUAAAUUGUAUUUUAUUUGCAUUUUCAAGAGAUAGUGUUACUUGAUUUUUAAUUUUAACACUCCCAAGAUGUGUGCUCUAAUUUGAGAUUUGUGAUUACCACAUCAAUCAAUUAAGGAUUCACUUAAAAAAUGUAAACCCAAAACAUUAUCUAUUUUGUAAAUAACACAUUUUUUUUUUUUUUAAUCGUACUUAACUCAUGUGUGCAUUUAACCAUCAAUGUCUUCGCUCAAAGAUCUUUAUAAUAUACUAUAAGCCAUUAUGCAUUUGAAUGAACCUUUUUUUGAAAUGCACUAACUCUCCCUUGUUAGCAAACAUUUUUUUUAAAUAAUUAUACCUCUUUUUAUAAUUAUUACCAACCCAUUUCCAAGAUAUUCUCUUAAUUCAUCUUCCGUGCAACAUAACAGUGUACACAUUGCUUGUAAAAACAUAGUUAUCUUAUUUUUGUUACACUUAUUCGUUCUACCAAAUCAUUAAUUAUUAUUAUAUUCUGUUGUAGAGAGUUCGCUGUUCCUUUAAUAUUGGUAAACAAAAAAUAUAUCAGUAAAAUAAUAUACUAC